AUGCCGUUGCCCUUCAGCCUGAAGGUCCUCCACCAGGUGCUGUUGGCAUUGGCUCACAUGCACAAGAGGCAGAUGAUGCAUUUGGACAUCAAAGGCCAAAACUUGAUGUUCCAGGUCUCCUAUCGAGAUACCAUCUUGCCGCACGAGCGUGCUGGGCACCCGGCACCGAUGAUGGUCAUGAAGGCGCCCCACGUGGUGCUCGUGGAUUUCGGCACCGCGCGAAGGAUGGAGGAGGUGAAAGGUGAGCCCAUUGGCACCUGUGCCUUCAUGGCACCAGAAGUCUGGAAGGGAUGCCUCUCGUCGAAGGCAGACGUCUUCAGCUUGGGUGUGGUCUUUUUCCAGAUGCUGGCUGGGAAGUUGCCCUUUAAUCCGCCAGACACCAUAGACCUGGCCCAGGAAUACUGGGCCAUGGAGCCGUUGCCUCCCUGGAAUGAAGUGCCGUACACAGCACCUCUGUGUCAAGAGGUCUGUGACUCCCUGCUGCAGGUGCCUCAGGCCUCACGACCUCAGGCCGAGGAGCUUUUGCUUCACCCACUCUUCGCGGAUCUGCACGAACAUCAUCCUGAGGAGGAGACGGUGGCCAUCCCGACGCACUACGCUCAGCGCUUGGUGAAUUUUGCGGGCAAAGAUGUGCUCCAGAAAUGCAUGCGACUCCGCUUGGCACGCGCUUGGUCCUCAAACCAAAUGCCCAGUUUCAGGCGCCUCUUCGUGGCCUUGGCGCCGCAGGGGCGCUUGCCGCCCGCGCGCCUCGUGGCGGCGCUCUCCUGCUCGGGCCUGGCGGAGCGCUACGGCAGCGCGGCGCUGGUGGCACAGGCGGCGCAGCAGGCGGCCGACGCGCUGGUGAACGAGGAGGGCGCCAUCAGCUUCACCCUUUUCGUGGCGGCUUUGGCAGAUUUGGGCGAUCCAAAGUACGAAAACUUCCUCCUACAGAGCUUCGAGCAAGUCGACCAUGAUGACGACAGUCUUCUGGGCAUCGAGGACUUGGCUGAAUUGCUCUCUGCUGACAUGAAGCGGCAUGCCGUCCUGCUGCAGGAGUUCAUGGUUGCGUUAACCGGUCAUGCGUCGCCCGGCACCAAGCUCGAGUGGCGCCAGUUCCUGCGGCACUUCCAAAGCCGUGACGCAGCAGAGGCGGCACCCAGGGAAGCCUCUGAGUCGCCGGAAGCUCCUGACGUGGCCAAAGGGCCGGACGCCUUCUUCCAACACUUCGCUGGGACCCUGCUGGACCGCGCAGUGGAACAGAUGCACCGGGCUGAGGCGAAGGGCGCGAAGCGGGCGCAAGGGAGGUCCCUGAGAGGUGCGCCGCGCGGGCGUGCGCGUCGGCGUGGAGGGCGUGGUGCUGAGAGCUUUCGAUGUAGACGACGUUCGACCCGCGAGGCACACCGCGACUCGCUGACGGACGUGUGGCGCUUCAUGGAGGAGCUCCAGGUCUUGCUGAUGCAGGAUGAGGUCUUCCGCCAGAGCGACCUGGCCUUUUGCUCCGAGCCGGCCAUCGCCUGUGUGGCGAUGCAUCGUGCUGGGAAGCCAGUACUGGGCUACUUCGGGGUGCACGUCGCCUUCAUGAUCCACGAGGGGAGAGAUCAAAAGCGUCUUUAUGGGGCUUUUCUGGAGUUGAGCCAGGAUGAGCGCCACUCGUUCGCCACGAAAGCGCCCUACCUGUCGUUGCAGGUCUACAGCCAUACCUCCUUGAAGCUUCCGGCCAUCCGACCGCUCUCACUCUACACACAGCCGGUGAUCUAUUCCGGAGCCGAGUCCCGGGAAGUGCUCCUGAACCGGCGUCCUGUGCCUUUUUGGAACAGGCGCUUGUUGAUGAACUCCUUCGCCGAGCUCAAUGGCUUCCACUUCAGGUUUGAAGUUGUGGAGAGACUGGCGGACAAGAGCUACAGCAACUGGCUUUCUCACCGUGCAGGCAUCUACUACCCCUAUGAUUGGCUCCAAACGAUGGGUUUCUAUGAUUGGAUCAAUAUGGGCCUGCCGACGUUUGUGCCGGACACACCCAUGUACACCUACACCAUGCAGGGCACCAACAACAGGGGCUGGACGUCCUCGAUAUUCGAGCCGCCGAAGGAGAUCUAUCCUUACAGAUAUCAGGACUGGGAGGACUUGGAGUCUCGUGUUUUCUGGUGGCACAUGACUGAUUUCAAGGUCCUUCCCUGCGUGCAGCUCUUCGUGUCCCUUCCGCACCUCUUCCUGGCGCUCUCCCAGGUGCCGAUGGCAGCGCUCAGUGCCGAAAUGCGGCUUCAGCACUUGCAACGCACCCACUCCACAGCCAGAUAUUGGCAAGAGGCCUUGCUGAAAGCUCUAGCCCACGGCCAAAAAGGUGACGAUCGGAUGCCAGAUCUCAGCUUCCAGCUUGGCCAGCUAGUCUUUGAGUCGACCCAAACACCAUCCGAAGCCUCGGCCCAGCCUCGGCCCAAAGCACGCGAGCUGCGGAGACGAACCACGCCACAGUUGACAUGA